AUGGAAUCUCACAACGUCCAGACUCUUCUCAGCAAACUGACUUUGGAGGAGAAAGUCUCUCUCCUCGCAGCAGUUGACUGGUGGCGCACUCCAGUCAUUAAACGAGAUGAUGUUUUCGUCCCCCAUAUCAAGACCACCGAUGGCCCCAACGGUGCUCGAGGCGAAAGUUACGUGAGCGGAAUCAAAGCAGCUUGUUUCCCAUGCGGAUCGAGUCUGGGAGCGUCAUUCGAUCGUGAUCUUCUCUUCCGUAUAGGACAAGAAAUAGCAAAGGAAGCCCAGUCGAAGGCGGCUGAUGUGUUGCUUGCUCCCACGUUGAAUGUGAUCCGCUCUCCUCGAGGUUCGUCUACAGCCUGUCAGAGGGGGAAUUUUGCUGAAAUCUAUUAG